GUCCUAUAUAUAAUCUAUUGUGACACAGUUCCAGCUUUAGCUUCGCGAUCGCCAUGAUGCUGUUGCCGAAGCUAAGAUGAAGCAUCUUUGGCUUGUCAGCAUUCUUCUGAAGUUAUGCUUAAUUCUUUGGGAUUUACAGGCAUGUGCUUGUUACAGAUAUAACUUCGAGCGAUGUCGGAACUGCACAACGAGGAAGGAUGUCAUGUGUCACAUACAGCAGAUGCCACCGACCUGUUUCCCUGGAUACGACAGAGAUAUCUGGAAGGAUGAACGAAAAUGGCCAGGGGCAGCUCGGGACAUGAGGGUGUCUGUGGACCGCCAGGAAAACGGAAACCUGAUGGUCGCCAACUUCAAGUGGAAACCUCCAUAUGACUCCUCCGUGGACGAGCUGAUAGGCUUUAAGAUUCAGGUCACGGUACAAGAGGAGGCCUCCAUGUCACACCCUGUCUGUCUGUUUGCCAACCUCAGUGGCACCGACUGGGCUCAGAUAAAGGACGUUUUUGAUAUUGAUUUCAUCUUUAACUGUGUGGAGACCACAAAGUUGGCCAAGGUUAUGGUGUAUGUCAUCAGUGUCCCUAUGCCCAGCCGAGAACAUAAGAGGAUUGCCAAGAAUAUUGUCAUGGUGCCAGGUUUUGCAUGGAAGCCAAAGAUUCAUGUAUGGACCACAUUCAACAACAAUGCCUACCAGAUCCACCUGUGGUUCACUCCCUUGUUUCCUGGGGCGGUUUACCAUAAAGUUCAGCUGCAUAGCAACCAACUAGAGAACAGUACAAACCUUGAAGUA